CACUGUAAAAGGAGGGGCAGGAUGAAGAAGGAGCAGGUGCUGAACUGUCAGUUCUCCGUCUGGUAUCCACGUUUCAAGAGCCAGACUAUCCGCAGCAUCGUACUUCCACUGCCGCAGAACGUGAAAGAUUACCUACUGGAUGAUGGGACUCUGGUUGUUUCAGGAAGGGAAGACCUCCCAACCCAUUCCCAAGAAGAUGGCGAUGAGGCAGAGGAAGUGCAGUGGUCUGAUGAUGAGAACACUACAACGCUUACGGCCCCAGAAUUCCCUGAUUUUGCACUGAAAGUUCAAGAAGCCAUCAGUGCCCUGGGAGGCAGCGUUUUCCCCAAGCUCAACUGGAGUGCUCCAAGGGAUGCCUACUGGAUAGCGAUGAAUAGCUCCUUGAAGUGUAAAUGCAUCAGUGAAAUCUUCCUGCUUUUCAAGAGUUCGGACUUCAUUACUCGAGAUUUAACUCAGCCGUUUAUCCAUUGUAACGAUGAUUCCCCAGACCCCAGCUUGCAGUACGAGCUUGUGCUGCGAAAAUGGUGUGAAUUAAUUCCCGGAGCAGAAUUCAGGUGUUUUGUAAAGGAAAACAAGCUUAUAGGUAUAUCCCAGCGGGACUACACUCAGUACUACGAGCACAUCUCCAAACAAAAGGAAGAGAUCUGUAGAUGUAUACAGGAGUUUUUCAAGAAACACAUACAAUAUAAAUUCUUCGACGAAGACUUUGUGUUUGAUGUCUACAGGGACAGCUGGGGAAGGGUGUGGCUAAUUGAUUUUAAUCCCUUUGGUGAAGUAACGGAUUCCCUGCUCUUUACAUGGGAGGAGAUACUCUCUGAGAAUAACCUGAAUGAUGAACAGAGUGAAGGAGCAGCCAUGGAACAGGACUGUCCCUCCUUCUGUUGCACAAACAGCAACCUCACUGUCCAGCCAAGUCCCUACCUCAGCUACCGACUCCCCAAAGAUUUUGUCGAUCUUUCCACCGGAGAAGAUGUUCACAAAUUAAUCGACCUGUUGAAACUAAAAAGAAAUCAGCAAGACGAUGAAGAAUCAUGA